CCGGCCCAAAUGUCUAGCUAUUUACAUUGAUUAAAACAUGUUUUAACCUAUAUUCGCGUUGCCGAAAAUAAGAACACAUCCUGCCAAAAAUAAGAACACAUCCUGCCGAAAAUAAGAACACAUCCUGCCGAAAAUAAGAACAAACUGCCGAAAAUAGGAGCAAAACCAAUGUUGGAAUUUUCAAGAAUAUUUGUGAAGAUAGGCUUUGGAGUGGCAAAUACAAAAUACCAUAACAUAUUACGAUAGAUUAUCAACCAAAAUAACAUCACUUCAUCAUGAAAAAUAAUAAAAAAUGUAGGUGUAUGAGCCGUUUUUGUGAAACUGCUGCACUAGCCUGCCGAAAACUGGUACAGCUACCCAAGCUAUUUUGGCUGUUAAAUUCCGUGAUUCGACUUACGCGGUUUCUUCUUCGACUUACGCUUAUUCCCAUUCAUAGCGUCUCUCGGGGACAGCCUGUAGUCGUUCGAGUGGACAACAUUACAUUAUUUUACUCAAUUACAGUUAUUUAUAUAACACGGAACAGAUAUUCAACAGUCUGGACUCAUGGCAAUUGUUUUCGAACGUUCGUCAAAGCAAUGCCCGCUGGCUCGAGAAUACCUCAAUUUACUUCCACAGGGUUUGCACGAUGAGCAUUUGUGCUAUGGCAAUCAGACUUUCAUUGUGCCUGGUUUGUGUAACGCAUUGCAAGGUAGCCCUAUCGAAAGAAACGAUGGCACUUACGUUUAUAUCGAAGCAAUCAGCUUGUUCGGUCGCGAUUGUGGCUAUGGAGAGCUGGCUGUAGGUGUAAGGCUCAGUGCACACAAAGCUUGGCUUGAGUCUGUAUUGCUCCCUCGCCCGGAACAACAGCCUCUUGUGUACAUUGAUCCUGAUCGGAAGCUCUCAGACGACUGCAUGUAUACGGAUCGGACAAAAGGAACUUGCGUGGCAGAACAGGACUGUCCAGCCAUUCACGCUCGACUGCAGAACAAACAACAAAUUUCAUUCUGUUCAAAUAGUAAUGUUGUUUGUUGUCCCAAUAAGGCCAAAACCGUAGAAAUGAUGGCAGUAGAAAAUGAAUUCAACGAGUGUGAGGAGCGCUACCGUCACCUUAGAACAGCUGACCAAGAUGGAGCUACUCAUGUCGUUGAGCUAGGAUGGCAAAAUGAUCGCAACACAACAUAUCGAUGUUACGGAUACCUCAUCAGUACUCGUGGUGUUGUUUCGUCGGCAUCAUGUUUGCUAGAAAAAGGUGUUCUGCCAAACAUUGCACGAAUAGGAGGAAUCCAUUCAUUGGACAAUGCAAGUAUUAUCCGUAUUGAGAAAGUGGCCAUCUAUCCACACUAUAACCCGACAAAACAACAGCACAACAUCGCAAUGAUCAAACUGGAAUCGGCCAUCAAUCCAAUUGAAAGCGUUUUCCCUACGUGUCUUUGGCAGAACCUUACUCAUUCGCCAGUCGAACAACGGGUAUUAGAUUUUGGUUCUGCAUUAAGGGCUUCCAUUCAUCCGAUGUACAAAUGCGAUUGUGAAGCUCUUUUAAAUCGUUCUUUCAAUCAGUUUGAACAUAUCUGCAUGAACCCUGGCUAUUGGCCAUACUCAUUUACGACAGAUUUUCAAAUUCGAUACAAGAUUAAAAUUGACGUUCCCAAUCACUGCUACAGUGCAGGAAGUCCCAUCGUGUGGAGAAAACCCAUCGACAAUGGUUUGCAUGUGGAGUAUCUGGUGCACAUCUACAGCCAUGGAGAAUGCGGUCCCGAAACACCUCGCGUAGUGAACCGUGUUGCGGCGUACAUGGAGUGGUUCAAGGAAGUGUUGCAGUGACGAUCAUUUGAUGUAAAGGUUUCUGUGUAUGUGUUUAACAAUAAAACCAUUCGUUUACACAUGCUUCGUCGUUU